UAUCCUCUCAGUAUCAUCUCAUUUCAGACCGCCAGAAUGCAUCUCAAUAUUGCACUCAGUAUGUAAAUUGGUAGUAUGUAAGAGCAGAUUGUCGUGGGGCAGGAAUUGAUUGCCAUUUCUGGAUGAAGACAUCCAUAUAAGGCAAAUGCCUCGAACCUUCCGCAUGUUUCGUGCGCGGAGCGUGGAUGUCUCUCGAACGUCCAGAGCCACCGUCAAGCAAAUACUUAAGGGAUUCUAUUCUCCUUAUAACGCUGAUCCAUAUGCUCAAGCUCUUGCGGAGGAGCGAGUUGCUCUCGAUCAAUAUGCCAAUGCGCUUCGACAACAGGAGGAAGCGCGUGAACGGGUUGCUCGCGCGCGACUAGCUCGCGAGGCAUAUGGCUCACCACACAGUUCUUACCUUUCGUCAUCCGCAGAGGACGACGACUUUCCUGGCGGAAAGACCUAUGCUCUCCCUCAUACCCAUACUUAUCAGCCGUCUCAAUGUAACGGCUACCGCGCUUCGAGGUACGGUCCACAAGAUUACGGUGGCUACGGCAUGUCGCCCCAACAACAACGUGCGUUGUACGAAGACCAGAGGCUGAAAGAGAUGGCGGAGACGGGGAAGGCUCGGGAGGUAGAACGGAUGCGGCAAUUGAUGGAAGAGGAGAGGCAACGCCAAGUGAUGGAAGAGGAUAUACGACGACGGAUUCGAGAGGAGGAGAGUCGUAGGAGGGUUCAGGAAGAGGAACAAAUCAGGAAACAAAUCAUGGAGGAGGAAAGAAGAAUCAGAGAACAGGAGAAUCUCAGACGGCAGCGCCAGGAUGGACUUGAGAAACUCUACCGUGAUCUUGGUUGGCGACCUUUCGCGGCCUUCGAACCUCCUGAACAGCCGCCUUCUCGACGUGCUCGCACAACAUCACCUCCAUACCGUCGGUCUCCACCUCAAACUCAGCCAACGAUGAACAAACCCCGGACUUCCUCAGAAUGGUCUCAUCCAAAGCCAGCCGAACAACCCCAGCCGAAACCUGCUUCUCCCAAGCAGCCAUCCUUUGCUCCGGAGCAAGCUGCUGCAGUAGUAAAGAUCCAGAACUUCUACCGCAAACGCUUUCCGCGCUAUAAAGCACUCCAAACACUUUCGUCCCUCCAAACCCGUUUCGAAGAACUCAAAUCUCCAUUCAAACUUCCCUCGCGAUUUCAAAGGUGAUGACGACCCUGUUGUCACCGUCGAAACGUCUUCUCUCCCUCUCCCUCCAUUAUCU